CCCGUCUCCCCAACCAUGGGACCCCGCACGACGUCGCCAGCCGGCCCUGCUGGCGGCCGAGCAUCUGGGGCUGGGCGCCCGAUCGGCCGGCCGCGGGUUCACCCCUCCUCGAGCGGGCGGUCGCAUCCGUUGGCGGCGCCGGCGGCCGCCGCACCGGUGGCUCCCGCCCCGGCGGCGAUCUCCCCCUCGCCCGGCGUGGCCGCCAGCCCCGACCACACCGAGCUCCUGGACUUCGAGACGGCCCUCCGACACAAGGACGCCCAGGCGCGUCUUCUCCGCCAGCGGGUCGCCUCGCUGACUGACGUGAGCCUGCUGCUGUCGGGGCGGUCGGCGGCCCGGCGUCCGGCCGCGUCGGCCGGCGCCGGCCGCGAGUAUGUUAACACCUCACGCGGGGCCGUUGCCUUCCGCCUGCUGAGCGACCUGGUGGACGAGAUCAUCACCGAUGUGGCCCUGUCCGUUCACCGGCGCAGCACCCUCGAGGGCUUCGCGCUCGGGCAAUUUGCCGGAUCGCUGACGCGCGGGCCGACCGGCGAUCUCGCCGACAACGGCCCCGGCGCCAGCCCCGGGUCUGCUUCUUCCUGGCAGCAGCGUUCUCCGGCCGGCGGGGCCAGGCCCGGGCCAGGCCCGUGGCCCUGCACGGCCGACGACUUGCACCGGGUGCAGACCCUGCUGGAGAUGCCGCUGUGCCCGCCGCUGUUGCCGGUGGCCGAGGCCCUGACCCCGGGGCUGGCGCCGGAUGGGGGGGAUCCGCCCGAGGAGACGGGGCUGGUGCUGGCCGGGAAGCUGUCCCUCGGGCUGCCGGCCCUGUUGGCCGAUGCCUUCCAGCAGGAUGCCAGUGACACCUUUGUGUGCGACCAUUGCGGCCGGCCGGCGCAUGCCUCGCGCUAUGCCUCGCAUCUGGAGAAGUGCCUCGGCGUCGGGGGCCGUGGCCUGGCCGGGGCCGGGCGGCGGUCGCGAUCGGCCACGGCCGCGGCGGCGGCCGCCUCCUCCUCCUCCACAUCGCCCUGUUCCGCCGGCGCCGGAGGCCCCGCCGGGCAUGGGAGCCGGCCCGCCUCCCCGGCCUCCGGCCAUCCGGACGCCGGGACACACUCGCCCUCGCACGCCACCGCGCACGGGGGGAUACCUCUCUCGGCGGGCAGCCCGUCACCCGUGGGCCGCGGGGGUGUCCUGCCGUUGGUGGUCAACACGGCGGCCAUGGCGGCGGCGGCGGCGGCGGCUGCUGCUGCUGCGGCGGCGGCGGCGGCAGCCGAGCGCGGCGACGCACCGCGGCUGGCCACCGGACGCAAACGUACCCGCUCCGCCGGCAGCAGCAGUGGCGGCAGCGGAAGCGGGAGCGGCAGUGGCAGCGGGAGCGGCAGCUCCUCCUCCUCGCCGACAAUGUCCGGCUCGACGGGCUCCACGUCUGCCGGUCUUCCUACGAGCCCUUCGCCUU